GUAAACCCGUUUUUAAUUAACUUUUAUUGAUUUUUCUCAAUUUUUUCUUAGCGUUUUUAAGCCCUACCUUUUAAAAUUUUAAGUGGCUUGGUCUGUAAAAGCCACUACUAACCCUUAAGCGGAAACAGUAUCAGAGAGUUGAAGGGGAAAAGCUAGAGAUAUACACAAUGGGCGGCAACGGCGAAGAGAUCCUUAUGUUGGAGGCACCGCCUGAAACUGCUCGGCCAUGGGCCUCUGCUUCCACUGCCGAGACUUUGGACGCAUUACCCUACAUUGACGACGACUACGGGAACCCAAUGGUCAAGGAAGAGGUUGAUCGAUUGGUCGAAGAAGAGAUGCGAAAGAGUAUCAAGAAGCCAGCUGACUUCCUCAAGGAUUUACCCCCUCUUCCCUCCUUCAAUUUUCAGCAUCACCCAAUGAUUGGCAAAGAAUAUGAGCGCGUCAGAGCGGGUAGGCCACCCGUGACCCUUGAUUUUUCUUCACGGUAUCAAGUUGAACCACCGCCCAUGAAUAAGAGAAACGAUGAAACUGCUUGGAAACAGGCAGUUCAAAGAUCUCAGCGCUCAUUGCAACAUCAAGUAAUUAGGUUGGAAAAUUUGGAGUUGAUGUUAAAAUAUGGCCCUGAUGUUUGGAGACAGAACAACCAACGACUGGGAGGAUUUUUGGCCAGCAGGAUGCAAAAACUAGCUCAACAGCAAAAUGAGAAAAUUGAAACUGUAAACCGUGAAAGAAAAUUUCAUCAGCAAAACACUGCAUAUGAGCUCAAUGCUUUGUCCACGCAAUGGAAGGAGCUUUGUCUGAAAAACAUUGAAAUUCAUGCUGCCUGUUCUCAUACUGAAAAGCAUAUAGCAGAACUCAGGAGAGAAGCUGCUGAGAGAGGCUGGAACUUGGAAGCUAAUUUGGAGAAUGGUGCUUUGUCACCUUCAACAUAGCAAGGUUUCAAAAGAUUUGAGAUAUAUAUGGCGUAGUGAAGCUCAGAACUGCUGUAGCGUCCUCGAAGCCACCUUCCCAGAUGCACAUGGAUGGAAUGUUGUAGCAGUUUUUAGGGGCCAGGAUUACAUCCUGCAUCUACUUGUGAACUCGUUUACCUGCUAUAAAUGCAUUCAACUGAAUUGAAGUUUUGUUUGUACCAUGACUCAUUAAUGUGUUAGACUGGAUAGAUGUUCCUUGGUCCCCAUGGGAACUAUGAUUUUCAUUUGGAAAACUUUUAUUAUGCUCUUGAUAUGCGCCCAAUCAUUUUGGUUGUAGAUGGUCAUAAUUCUUAAUAUAUAAACUAUUUAUUAAAUAUUUUACUGAGUUGGUGUUACUCCCAAUCGAGUCAUCAACUCGGUUAAAAAAUUACAGAAA